CGGUACAUAUGGUUUCGGCCGCCGGUUUAGAGCUAGCCACACUGAACCGACAUGUGAAUGCUUAAGGUAGUGUCCUAAUGUGUAGAAAAGAUAAUUAAACUUAAGUAAACGAGAAAAGCAAGAUCUUGUGUCUUUAGGAAUGAAUAACCCAAUUAUGAAACACAAAACAACAUAAUUAAUGAACAACGGAACAAUACAACACAAUGAUUAUGAACACAUUUAACACAUAUAUACGCAGCAAAAUUCAAACCGAAAUUCCUUUUCUGUUUUAGUUAAAAAAUGUAGAUGUAGAAUAAUAUUAAAAGAGACAAAACAUACCUUAGAACAUUGACAUGUCCCAAAUGAUGUCUAUUGCUCAAGCAUGCUGCCUAGGGCGUGCCAACUUUUGCAUUAUCUCACUUUUUAACCCACCCAUUUCCCUUCUAUUUUAAAAUUUAUAAAAUGAUUUUAUAUUUAUUUUACUUAUGGUUUUAGAUUUCAUUCAUAUAUUUUCCUAAACAUUCUUUAAUUUUGUGCACUAAAUUUUAGUUUUGGUGAUUUUUUUUUUGGUAAAAUAGUUUUGGUGAUUUUGUUAUCGAGGAUUGCUGCUUAUAAUAAACUGUUGGAUUUUAGAUUUUUAUAUGUAAUAUAAAUUAUAUAUAUAUAUAUGUAUAUGUAUAUAAACACAUAAAUUAUAUAUUGAACGUACCAAAACAUUUUAUAGACAAUGGAGUAAAUAUUUAUUUUGCAUACUCCACCACGUCACGUAAAACAUUAAAGGCAUGAGGUCCAUCACUUUUAACUCAAUAGAGACGCAACAUUCGCGAUAUUGUCACGUUUCAGUUUAGGUACAGGUUUCCAGAGUUUCAGAAGAAACACACCACACAUGUAUUAUAUAUAACUUUGAAAACAAAAUUAUGUUCUUGGGGCCAUACCAAUAUACCAUACCUCGGGUUAUAUGCUAUGCUUUCAAAUUUCAAUAGAUGAUUGGUAAUUAUUCUUCUUUUAUGAAAGUCAAACUUAUUUUUUUGUUCUAUACUAUAUUUCUCUAAUCUUUAUUCUACCGCAUCACCCAGGAAUGAGUUUUAAGUUUUAUCUAACCAUAGUGUUUAUAUAUUUACGCUUAUAUUUUAUUCAGACUUACCAAGAAUGUUCUUAUUCACGUUGGAUCCAUACUCACUAUCAUAAAAAAAGUAUAGAUAAUGUUGGCAAGAACAUGUUAGAUAAUGAACAUUUAAAUGUCAAGUGAAAAGGACAAAGCAUGCACAAUUUAAUCAUUAUUAUAUAUAUAUACAAAUUAGAUUCGACGAAACUAGUCCGUUCACGUCUAUUACUAAAAGACUUUUGAUAAAAAAAAUUAUUUUGAUUAGAUGACAUCUCUCUAUUAUAUUUUUCAAUUCUAACUUAACAUUGGUUAGUGAAUUAUAAUCUAAAUGUUUCGCUACACUGAUCGACACCUAUUAUCUACUUUUGCCACUCGUUUGUACCAUGUUUACAUCAAAUUGACUUUUAAUUAGAUUCCUCAAUAUACAGUAACCAAGAAGAACCCAAAGACUUAAUUAAGAAAUUGACAAGAGACCUAAUACGGACUUCAUUCAUCUCCAUGUAUACAUUCCCUCUUGUACUCAAUGUUUAUGUUAAUUCUCUUAUUUUUAGCACCACUCCAUCUUUUUUGGCCUUUUCUAUAUUUUUCUCUUAUCUCUUUUGUAAUUGUCCGCUUAUUUGUUCAAUAAUGUUUUUUUGCUUUUACACAUACACGUUUGGACGGUUUAAGACAUUGGCGUGCAUAUUAGAACACCCUCAGCCAUAGUAUGAGGAUGGAAUUCUCAAAAAGUAAUUAGAUGCUAACUAAUGUUAAAUCGAUCAAAAGAAUUCUCAAAACCUUAGAUUCCCAUGAAAACUAUUGAAUAGGUAUCUAAAGUUUUUGGGAACUUCUUCCAUCAUUUGAACAUUAAUUAGCAUAUAAUCACUUUUUGAAAACUUCAUUCUCAUACCAUGGAUGGAGUUACUCUUAGUUAGAAUGAUCCAUAUAAAACGACCAAAAUCGACAAAAUUUCAUCUUGUCAUAAUCAAAUAGUUCCAAGUAACCAAAUAGUGAUUGGUUUAUUGGUGUACGUACUACGUAGGCUUGGUUCCUCUAUAAAAUUGUGAAUUACUCUCUUGGAAUCGAGUGCUACUCAUAACGGACUAGUAGAAUAGAGUUGGAUUCAUUGCAAUACCCUAAGGAUUCUGAAGACAACGAUCAAGCCUUAGCGGAAAGAUACAGCUAGAAUAAUGUUGUAAGAGCAUUUCCAUCGCAGUAUACUGAGCGUCUCUUAUGUUGGGGGGGAGGGGGGCUGGGCUCACGAUUUUUGCCAAAACCAUCUUCAAUUGUUGCAGAAGAAGAAACGUAUAUUGGUUCUGUUUUUAAUUUUUUUUUUUUAUAAAUCAGAAAAAAUAAAAUAAAAAUUAAAAAUUAGAAACCCAACCACGUUUCAGGGAUAAAAGUGCUCUAACUUUUGUUUUCUCCUAUUUAUCAAUAUCGUAGCUACAAAAUUAAUGAAUUCGAUAAGAUAAAAAGAUACCAGGAAAAAAAAACAAAAAAUGAAUACUAUCACAUCAACUUAAAUUGAGUUUGAUAUUUAAAUUCUUCCUCGGCUUUACCAAAUUCAACACAAAAACGAAAGAAAACAAAACAACCCUAGUUAGAGCAUUUCAAACCCCACUCUAUAUUUUAUUCCAAACUUGAGAAAAUGAAGUGGGAAAUGGAGUGAUGAACAAAAACUAAAAACAUUACUCUAUAAAUGGAGCAAUCCUUUUAUUUUUUGUUCAUUACUCCAUUUUUUAAAUUUUGGAGUAAAAUAUAGAGUGGGAUUGGAGAUACCCUUAGACGCUUUAUUGAUCAUAUUCCCUUUCUUUCUCUCUUUUUUUUUAUUUUCUUUUCCUAACUUUUAUUAACCGAUUAAUUAUAUGUUUCUUGUGACCUCCUCUAUGUAAAUUUCCCCAAUUACUUUUAGUAAUUCAUAAACCCCAUUCUAAAUAACCAACUAAUGUCACUAGACUUCCAUUUAAUUCUGCUAUGCAAUUAGAGCGGUCAUGAGAUUUUGGAGAUAUAAACACUUCGGCCAAAAAAUAGCUUUUAACAAAUUUUGAAAUAUAUAUACAUGUAAUUUUUUUAAAAAAAAAUUGAGAUCAUAGGUCAGUAUUUCACUAUCAUAUGCUUGGAAUCGACUCUGUAUGCAAUUCCCAGAUUAAUUCAGAUAAAUGCAUAUUAUAUUUUUACACUAAAGGAAGUAAAUAACCAGUAAAAAAUUGCCCAAAUUUGAGGAUAUGGUGUCAAUAAUCAUGUAAAUAAUUGACAUAAACAAUAACCACCAGUCAUUUAUAAUGAACUUUAAUUUGAAAAAAAACUCGGUGGGCCAAUUGAAAAGGGCAAAAAUUAAAUAGAAAAGAAAAAGAAAACGUAAAGCUAAAGCAAACACUCUCGAAGCCUAUAGCUAAGCUUCACUACACAUUCCAACUCUUUCAAAUCUUCUCAGUCUCCCAUCAAAAUUCGAGAAAACAUAAAAAAAGAAAAAGUUAAAAGAAACUCCUAAUUUAAGAUCCGAUCGUCGUCAUCUUCACUCCUCUGGAUCUUCACCACCCAAAAACAAAGCACCCAAAAUUUCCAAAUUUGGAAACUUUCUAUCUCUGUUCUACUUCAAGACUCCGUUCUUGCCCAAGAUGAAAGACAGAGGAAAGAGAACAGCAAACGAGCGAAGAAACGACGACGUGUCGUUAUACUACAGCACACCGUCAGAGUUCUCUUGUCGGAAACAUCCAUCAGCUUCCCCUGUCGGAAUCUGCCCGUACUGUCUCAACGACCGUUUAGUCAACCUCGUAUGCUCCCAGUGCGGCGAACAGAGACUCUCUUCUUGCUCUUGCUCCGACAUCUCUCCUAAUCACGCCGCCGUGGAAGCCGGAAACGUCAGGAUCUCUUCUUUAAUCGACGAGGAGACGGCGAAACAGAGGAAGACGGCGAAACAGAGUCGAAAAACAGAGGAGGUUGUGGUGUUCAAGAGGAGUAGCAGCAGCUGCGUUGAGAUUAAGCAUCAUAGAUUCUCGAGACUCGGGAGGUUCUUGAGGAAGAUUAAUCCAAAAAAGGAAAGACCUUUCGAUGAUAACAACAACAACGAUACUUGGCGUUUGGAUUAUAACAACGACGGCAAGACACUAAGGGUUUCGAGAUCGAGAUCGCUUUGCAGCUUCCGAGGAGGCAACGUGUACUUAAACGGGUCGGAAGAAGACGUGUCGUCUUUCUCCGGCGCGAGGAGCUCGUUCUCCGCCGCGAGAAGCUCGAGCGUCUUCGAUACGACGACGGAGACGCGGAGGAGCAACUUCGAAGGGAGGAAGAGUAAUUUCAGCGAGACGACGGAGACGCGGAGGAGUAACUUCAGCGAAUCGGAGCCGCCGCGGAGGAGCUGUUUCGAGGCGAGGAAGAGCAACUUCAGUGAGACAGAGCAUCCAAGGAGGAGUAACUUCAGCGAAACAGAGCAUAAACAGAGUAUAAGUAACCAUCCGCGGAGGAGCAACUACGAAGCGGCGCCGCCGAGGAAGAGUAAUGUCAACGAGGAGCAGCAUCGGAAAAGCGAUUCGUCGGCGAUGGGUUUCACGAGGAGGGUUAUGUCGAUGAAAGAGAGUUACUUUACCGGAGGAGAAGAGCCUGGUUUCAUUGAUCUCAAGUUCGAUUCCUCUGGAGUAGGAGGAGGAGGAGGAGGAGAAGUGGUGGUGAACGACGGCGUUUUGGAGCACGGAGGAGGAGGGUCUUGCCGGUUAACGACUAAAGAUCGAGAGUUGAGUAAGAGUAGAAGGAGCUUCAAAGGAUGGAAGUGGAUUUUCGGACAUCAUCAUCAUCAAAGGGAUUCAUGAAUCAUCAUGAUGAUGAUUAAGGAAAGAGAUGAUUUUUAUGGGAUCCAGUGAGGAGCAGUGGAGUUACGGUGUUGUGUGAUCCGAUGUGUCAAAAAAGUUUUUUUUUUCUUUUUUCUAAUGGUUUAUCAUUUUGUUUUGUUGAAUAUAUAUAUAUAUCGACGCAUCGGACUGCAAGUUUUGUGAGUUUAAAGGAUAGACAUGAGAUUAUGAGUGUAACAACACAAUUUAACUAUUA